AAAACAGCUGUGUGCAUCCACAGUAAACUAGUCUGAGGUGUUUGACUUUUUUGACUUAUAACAAGAAGGAGGCAUAUAGACGUUGUAAUGCUGGCCAAAAGUCGCCUUAUGUUCCAGGCUGGGCUGGCGUUUUUACUGAUGAACCUGCAAGGCGCCUUUACUGUCCAGGUGGAUCAUGUUUUAAUGUGCGGCAUGAUGUUCUGCCAGAAGGAUGUGACCCCAUCCGGACAGUUCUCGGUGGACUGGGACAAGGAGGAGUGGUCUGAUGUGGACCUGGAUCGGAAGGAGGCCGUGUGGAGACUGCCUGAGUUCACAAAGCUUUUUACUUUAGAAGCACAAGCCGGGUUACAGGCGAUAUCUGUAUGCAACAUAAACUUAGAUAUUUACCAGAAAAGAUCAAAGGGCGUCUCGGGACCUACAGGUGAGCGGAUAAUAUCUUAUUAUAACAUCUCAAGUUAUUUUAAAGCAACGAUUGUGUUAGCCUAUUUUUUAAAUCCUGACUCAAAUGCGUGGUGUAAUGCAGGCUGUAGAUUUAGGCAGAUCCGUGUGUACAGCCGGCUGUCUAGCUUUUCUCCUUUCUUUUCAGCUGAACCAAAAUAUGUUAUGGUAUACCCUGAAGACCCAAUUGAAUUGGGUAAGCCAAAUACACUGAUCUGCAACGUUGAUGAAUUCUUCCCUCCUGUGCUUAACAUCACAUGGUAUAAAAAUGACAAUCCAGUGUACGAGGGAGUUGAAUUGACCAGCUUCUAUCCAAGGGACGAUGCUAAGUAUCGAAGGUUUGCCUAUCUGAAUUUUAUUCCAGAAGAGAAAGACAUUUACUCCUGUAAAGUGGAACAUCCAGGUCUUAAGGCUCCUAGCAUAAAGUCAUGGGAAUGUGACGUACCUGCACCAUUACCAGGAUAUGAGACAACAGAGACGGUAGUUUGUGCUUUAGGACUGGCAGUAGGUAUAAUUGGAAUAAUCAUUGGAACAGUUCUUGUUAUCAAAGGGAUGAAACGGAGUGACAAUCAGAGGAGACAAAUACGUUAAGAGAAACCGAUUUUGUAAAUCUAAACAUAAGAGGGAUCUAUUGAUUGCGUGUAAUUUUUCUUCAUGGAACGAAUCUGGAUUAAUUUACAUAACCAUGUAAUCUUCAAUUCACUUGAUUUGUUAAAUUUUCUCAGAUUUACAAGUAGCAGUAGUGAAUGCUGUCAAAUUAAAAUGGCAUCAAUGUUUUUAAAGGGUAAAAUGUGCCUGUUUGCAUUAAACUGGUUGACUGCAGUCAUUCACAAAAGGAGUUAGCUGUUUGCUCGCUGAUUAUAAUCUGUCAACGGCUUCUUGGUUUCACUUUAUAUGACCUGUUUUAACUACUCAUCUUAUUCAGGAUUUGCUUAAUUCCUGCAGUUUUUUAUCAUUUGACAGCAUAAUUUCCAUGUGCCUAGCAUCAUUUCCAUGUGCCAUGAACCUACUACCACUGGUGAUGUAACCAACUGGACCUGUCAUUGUAAGCCCAGUCAUUUUGGUUCUGUGAAUUAUUUGCAGCUGAUCAUGACACCAAUUUAUUCCUUAAAGCACUUGUAUAUCUUGAAACAGGCCAAAGGAAGUGGUUUGAAAAAAGGAGACAUGAUCAAACAUGAAAGCUGGCCCAAACAUCAGGAGAUGAGAGAGAGAAUUAAAAUUAUUGUGUGUCUUCUAGUUGAAAAAUGUGUAUGCAGUACCUGCUGCUUUAUGCUUGUGAAAAAGAACAAUUAGCAAUAAUUUCUGUAGCUGUUCAUCCAGAUCUGUUCUUGCAGACAAUGAAAGCAUGUUCUGAAUAGUAGUAAAAAGCCUUAUGAUCUGUCCUGGUGCUUUGAUUCUUUCAAAUAAUUCCAUAUUUUGAUUGUUACUAAUCUGAAAACAGUGCAUUUUGUUGUAUGAAUAAACACAGUUCCUUAACGUA